GACGAGUGAAGAGUGAGGAGAGGACAGGACAGACGCAGCGUAGCCUUGGUCAUUUACAAACAGUGCUGUAUAAACUCUCCCGAUUCCUCUGAUAUAGCUCGUGUGUCGAUGGUCUCGCCCUCAGUGGUCGAUAGCGCGAGGCUGUGAGGAUGAUGGCAGCAGUGCCUCUAUCUAGUGCCAGCCUCCUUCCUCUUCUGAAGUGUCUGGAAGAUGAAGCAGCCGGGCUGUCAGAGAAGACCGAUGCCUACAUCACCAUCGCGAACCGCCUGAAUGGAGAGGAAGGGCGUCAGUUUCUGCCUGUAGUUGUAAAGCAUUUUGCACGUCUUAGUAAAGUCCUUUUGGUUCAUAUCUCCAGUGAGAACGAAGAGCUGUGUCAAGCCGCAUUGCAAGCUUUGGGAUUCUGUGUCUUCCACUCACACAUUGUUUCAGUCUUACCAGCAAAUAUUUCAGAAGAUAUACUGUCUACGCUCUGUAAUGUUGUGGUAAAAUCAAAAGAAAAGUUUACGUGCACUCGAGCGUUAUGGGUGAUUUCAAAACAGAAUUUCCCGCCAGAGGUGGCAUCCAAAAAGACCCCUGAGAUUCUGAAGAGUCUAGAGGCCAUGCAGACCAGAGAGGUUCAGUCGAUCCUCAUUGAACAUGAAUCACUCAAUGUCAUAAUAAGGUUGCUGGAGCAGGCCCCGUCUCAGAUGGCUGCUGGAGCCGUGUGCUGGGCCAAGCUGGUUAUUCCUCUGGUGGUUCACUCGGCCAAUAAAGUGCGCUUGCGUGCCGCAGCAGCCCUGGAGCUGGGCAUGCCUCUUCUUCUGGAGAAACAGCAGGAGGUGGCAACCAUUGUAGAGCCAAUGAUGUCUUCUAUGCUUAUCCCUGAAAUGCAGAAGCUGUUUGCAUCUAAAAAUGAGACGAAUAUGCUGAAGCUCUGGCCCUUGUUUGUGAGACUUCUGGGGAAGUUGCUCCACAAAGGCGGUGCAUUCAUUAAUUCCUUGCUGUAUUUAGAGGAGUUGGGUUUCCGCAACUCUUCUCCUAAUAUUAAGAAGAUUGCCUUCAUAGCUUGGAAGAGCCUCAUUGAUAAUUUCGCACUUAAUCCAGAUAUCCUGUGCAGCAGCAAGCGUCUAAAGCUCCUCAUGCAGCCUCUUAGUUCCAUCCAAGUCAGGACUGAAGCUCUUCUGCUCACUAAGCUGGAGGUGUGGUGGUACCUUGCAGUCAAGCUCGGACCCAAUUUGUCCGCUAACUUUGAACAGGUUGGUGUACCUCUACUGCACAACACACUUCCUUCCGAUUCUCCACUGCCAAGCCCAACUACACCUGCUCGAACCUCUAACCCAAGCAGUGGCACCCCUAACACCUCUAAAUCAGGCAUUCCCUCCUGCAGCACACCAAGCACUACUCCUCGCAUGAAUCUGAACAGCAGUAUGCAGGCGGCUCAGUCCUACCGCUCCAUUCAGCUCCUGGGUCUAGAGAUGCUCCUGCACUGGCUUGUGGGUCCAGAGGUUACAGUCACAGCAGCUAGAGAAAAUCUUCAGCUCAGUCUGGAGCCCCUGACGCACCCGCUCUUUACCAGCCCUUCCUCCUUCAGUAGACAUGCCUCCACCCUCAUAUCAGCCAUCAAAGAAGGCUUCAUUACUGUGGGAAAACAUGCUCCAGAAGCGCUGCUUAGUCUCAUUUGGAGCAACCUGAUCUGUUCUGUCAGCACAACAAUAGAAGCUGGUAAUAAGAAGGAAAGACAGGGGUCAGAGGUUCUCACGCUGCUUCUACAGGCUUUGCAGUCCAUCCAGUCCUCAGAUGAUCUACCUGCUGAAUGUGCCCUGCUUUUGUUGGAAGCCACUGUUAAGGGAAUACCUCAGAAGGUGCUCGGUUCCGCAGCUUAUCAAGUGGCAAACAUGGAUGUAUUAAAUGGUACCCCUGCACUUUUCCUAAUACUGCUGUUCUACAAGAGUAACCAGCUCUCAUCCUUUCUUGAAGAUGAGAGGUUUUUUUCAAGCCUGGAAACCCUUGUGAGCUGUGGGUUUUGUGGACCUACAUCGCCCCUGGCAUUUGGAGAGGCUGUUUUAGGAGCGCUUAGUGGUCGUGUGGAGGCUGUUAAGAGCAAGAUACAGCUCUGGAGGAUGUGGAGCGCGGUGGUAAACCCUCUGACGGACACCAUCACUCGGACCAAUGAAGUGAAUCAAGGAGAUGCUCUGGAGCAUAACUUCAGUGCCAUUUGCAGUGCCUUGAUGUUCCCAGUUAUUCACCUGCUGUCUGGUUCGCCCCUACCCCAAACCACUCAGAAGGCCAUGAUCGGUACGUGGUCCAGGCUUUACAAGGCGUUUGCUCGCUGUUCAGCUUUGGUAGCCACAGCAGAGGAGAACAUAUGCUGUGAAGAGCUGUGUGGCAAGAUCUCUGCCUCUCUUGACACCGUCGCUCUGAAAAAUCUGCCGAUGUUAGAUGCAAUGGCAAAUAUCUUGCUGGUCAUCAUUGAGAGUAUGGACUUCUCUCCUUACACCCCACAGUUCCAGCAGAAGAUGAAAUCUCCUCAUACACCUUUGAGUUGGGUACGCAAGAGGAGCAAAGCUCUGGGGAAUCUCUCGACCUUUCACACUCUCCUGAUGCAGACUUUAGAUGCUUUCCUGUCUGUGGACCUCUUGGAAGCAUCUGUAGAGUCCACCAGUGGAGUUUUCAGUGGGAUUGGCUUGACGCUGGUCUCUAUCUUGUCAACACUUUUCACUAAUAUCACUCUACCCACGUUCAUUCAAGAGGUGCUAUCCACCCUCACCAAAUCACUCGCGCGCCUUUUUAAACAGGUCUCGAGUCAUGAUGAACCAUCAAAGCUCAGUGCGACACUAGGACCCAAGUUGGAGAAACUGGCCACGGACCUGCUUGGCUGCCUUCAGAUGCAAUCAACUCUGCAUGAUGAUGAGAUGCUUGCCAUGUUGUCGCCCUUGCUUUGUGUGCUUUUUCCGCACAAGAGCAAGCAAAUUCGUACUGUGGUGACGCAGUUCUGGAAUGCCACCUUUGGAAAUGCACUCACCUUGACUUACCCUGAGCCUCUCAAGUCUGUUUUAAGUCAGGCUAAGCAAAAGACUCCACUGAUUUUACCUGGUUUUGAAGCCGUUGAUGCACCAGAUGAUUGCAGUGGACAGUAUACGGGUGAGAGUUCUCAGCUGGACCCACAGAUCAGUGGGGUAAAAAUGACCUCUGUGGGAAAGAGGGACUCUCUUCUGGCGAGGGCAGAAGAGCUUAAAGGAAGAGGCUCUGCAACUGCAGCAAAGCCGGUGUCUGUAAAGCUGGAUUUUGGAUCACCCAAGCCCUUGAAGCGAGAAGCUAUUGAGGAGGCGGCAUCAGUGGAUUUUGUUUUUAUUCCCCCUGAGACAAAGGAGAGAGUGCUAACUGAGCACCAGAAAGAGGUCAAAAGGACUAAAAGGAUUGACAUUCCUGCACUGUAUAAUAAUCUGGAUGUCUCCCUGGACACCACAUCCUUUUCACAGUAUACUCCGAGUCAGGAAGAGUCCAUGGACAAAUUGACAAAUGAUGAAAAGGAUCAACCAGAGGAAGAUGCUGAUUUUCAGCUAAAGGAGGUUGCCUCAACUGAGGAACCAACCACAGAUGUUAAAUUAACCCAAGAAGGCACUGGGUCGGUUGUAGAAACGCCAGAGAAAGCUACUCAAAAUAAAGAUAAAACUUCAGAGAAGAAUCAGUCACCAUCCAGUGACAUCUCAGUUGAUGUGAGUGGGCAUGAGAAAAGUGGACUUCAGGGGACCAGCCCUAAUGUUUCAGGUUCAUCUGAUAUGAUAUCAGGUACACCACCUAAACCCAAUAGGAGGCGUCAGUCUUUCAUAACCUUAGAGAAAUAUGUUGAUGGGAAAUCACCCAGUCCUGCAAGUGUUGCAUUUACUGGUCCGCACAUUCGCAAAUCAAGAAGACUGAGUUCUUCAAAGGCAUUGGAGGCUACUCCAAAUGACUCACAACUUCAGACUACAAAAGAGGACUCUCAAAAGAGGAGCAGCACUGACCCAUCUGCUCAAAAUGAGGAAAUAAAAGAUAAGAUGUCAACAGGUCAUCGUGGUGAAGGUACAGAUGAAGAGGAUGAUGUGGUCCCAGAUAUCCAGACCCAAUUAUCUGGCGACACGUCAAGUGAUAAGAAAAGUCCUGUGUCCAAAGCCAGUGUAGAGGAACAAGAUUCUCCUGAAAAAGAUUCACAGAGUCUUACUGAUUCUCAAGCUAGUCAAGAACCAAGAAGGUCAGGCAGAAGACGAAGUAAACCUGUACGCCCAGGGGAAGAUCCGGGGGAGAUGAAAAGCAGAUGUCUAGAACAAGUUGCAGAUUCUGCGGUGACAAAUACACAGAAGCACAUACUGUCUCCAACAAUUAGCAUUUUGACAGGAAGAAGUACGGUUAUUGAGGACUGUAAAUUUGGAGACCAGUUGAACACUAAAGGAAUAAAAGGAAAGCUUAGCCAAAGUAAUUCACAGAUUUCCUCUGCAGAAUCUUCACAGGCACUUCCACAGUUUCCAAUAUUUAUGCUUGGUAAUAAAGAGCCAAGCCAGACUGUGCCCUCUUCUGAUAGUUCUCCUGUAAUUCAAUCAGAUGGCCAAAGCAAAGAGAGAUCGUCAACUCUCAAUGAGUCUGAAGGUUUGUCACCGGGUAGACCUAUGAGGAAGACUAGAGUGCACCUUGAGGAAUCAACAGACAAGGAGGCAGAUGAAAACUCGCAAAACGAUCCUCAUAAUUCUGCGUCCACUUUGAAAAAGAAACAUUCACAGACACCUCUUUCCGAUUCUGAGGCUGAUGGCCAGCAAACUGCCAGAACGCGAAGAACAAGGAGAUCUGAAUCUCAAUUACUGGAGCUGGCUGGUUCGCAGACCAAAGACGACUUAAGUCAGACAGACUCUCAAACACUGACAAUGGUGAAGGGUAGAGCUAUGCGAAGGAGAACUGCAGAAGAAGAGACCGACUAUAGUAUAAGAGAUGCCACAUCAACUGUAAAUGCUGAAGAGUUAAGUGCAAGCCAAGAUUCCUCAGAAGGUCUUGGUAGAUAUAGAACUCGACGCUCUAAAGGUUUGUUGGCUCCUACUGACAACACCGAGUCUGAACACUCUAAUAGCCGACAAGAUGGACCAAGGUCUAAAAAGAGACCGCGCAAAUCAUUAUCCACAGAAGUGCUGCCAGUUUCCACAGAGCACAUAGUUACUGAGAUGGGGCCAGAUAAGGAGGGUGUUGAUGUUUCAAUGGAGAUGUCACAGGAUGAGGCAGAUAUUGAAACUAGUUUGAAUAUUUUAGUCAUUGAGACCGAAGAACUUGAGCAAAAGUACAAAGUAGAUGUCCCUGCCCCUGAUGGUGUACCACAUGAACUGAUUACCUCGGAAAAAGAAGCAGAAGAUGUCAAAAUUCAGAUAGAACUGAAGACUGAAACUUAUACAGAUGAGAAGGAGGUCAUUAGUGAGAAAGCAGAAGGUGAAGAAUUGAAUUCAUCUUUACAGAUUGGAUCGGAAGAUUUAAACGAGAAGACUGUUACGCAUAAAUGCCCACAUACUAGGGGACGGGGCCGUGGGCGUAGACGAUCUAGAAGCUGCAACUGCUUUUCAAACAACGGUGACGUGUUCUCACAGGGCAGUGACUUCCAAGAAUCGCAGGAUCUGAAAAGUGAGCAGGUUCCACUUGUCACUGAUGCCCUGAAAUCUCAACCUGAGCAGUCAAACUCAACAUCUGUAGCAGAGAAAAGUGAGCGCUCAGGAAUUGCAGAUGUCCCAGAUGCUGAAUUUCAGCCAUUUUCAGCCUUGCCUGCUCAACUCCCAUCUGAGGUUUUCCCUUCUGAAAGUCCCAUUGCAAAGCUUGGUGUAAUUGUUUCUCAGCUGUCUGAAGCAGAGGAAGGAACACCGCUUGAAUCAUCCAAACCAACAGGUAAAUCAAACAAGAAGCAUGUAGAGCUCCCAGAGGCAGAGACAAAGCAGUUAAAGAGUGCAGAAGAUGUCAAAAUUCAGAUCGAACUGAAGACUGAAACUGAUACAGAUGAGAAGGAGGUCAUUAGUGAGAACGCAGAAGGUGAAGAAUUGAAUUCAUCUUCACAGAUUGGAUCGGAAGAUUUAAUCGAGAAGACUAAUGUUCUGCAUAAAUGCCCACAUACCAGGGGACGGGGCCGUGGGCGUAGACGAUCUAGAAGCUGCAACUGCUUUUCAAACAACCGUGACGUGUUCUCACAGGGCAGUGACUUCCAAGAAUCGCAGGAUCUGAAAAGUGAGCAGGUUCCACUUGUCACUGAUGCCCUGAACUCUCAACCUGAGCAGUCAAGCUCAACAUCUGUAGCAGAGAAAAGUGAGAGCUCAGGAAUUGCAGAUGUCCCAGAUGCUGAUUUUCAGCCAUUUUCAGCCUUGCCUGCUCAACUCCCAUCUGAGGUUUUCCCUUCUGAAAGUCCCAUUGCAAAGCUUGGUGUAAUUGUUUCUCAGCUGUCUGAAGCAGAGGAAGGAACACAGCUUGAAUCAUCCAAACCAACAGGUGAAUCAAACAAGGAGCAUGUAGAGCUCCCAGAGGCAGAGACAAAGCAGUUGGAGAGUGCAGAUGAUGUCAAAAUUCAGAUAGAAUUGAAGACUGAAACUUAUACAGAUGAGAAGGAGGUCAUUAGUGAGAAAGCAGAAGGUGAAGAAUUUAAUUCAUCUUCACAGAUUGGAUUGGAAGAUUUAAUUGAGAAGACUAAUGUUCCGCAUAAAUGUCCACAUACCAGGGGACGGGGCCGUGGGCGUAGACGAUCUAGAAGCUGCAACUGCUUUUCAAACAACCGUGACGUGUUCUCACAGGGCAGUGACUUCCAAGAAUCGCAGGAUCUGAAAAGUGAGCAGGUUCCACUUGUCACUGAUGCCCUGAACUCUCAACCUAAGCAGUCUAGCGCAACAUCUGUAGCAAAGAAAAGCGAGAGCUCAGGAAUUGCAGAUGUCCCAGAUGCUGAUUUUCAGCCAUUUUCAGCCAUGCCUGCUCAACUCCCAUCUGAGGUUUUCCCUUCUGAAAGUCCCAUUGCAAAGCUUGGUGUAAUUGUUUCUCAGCUGUCUGAAGCAGAGGAAGGAACACGGCUUGAAUCAUCCAAACGAACAAGUGAAUCAAACAAGAAGCAUGUAGAGCUCUCAGAGGCAGAGACCAAGCAGUUGGAGAGUUCUGGGUGCACAGGUAGUCAAAAGCACAAAGAAGAUGGAUUGGAAAACACUUCAGUAAGUCAAGAACCUCUCCAGAGUUCAACACCUCAAGACACAUCUCCAAGUCAAGGUCGCCCAGUGGAAGAUGCACCUAAAUGCCAAGAGCAGCUAGAGUCUUCCCAUGUCCAGCAGGAGGAUGCAGGUAACCCAGCAGUGAAGGAAAGUGAAGACCUUGCUGUUUCUGAGUCAAAUGGCAAAGAAUUGCUUGACAAGGAUGUUGCUCUUGUUGAGAAGGAAGAAGAGAUGUCUGUACCUCCUGAAAGUAGUACCUCUGGAGCCUGCUUAGAUUCACCACCCAAGCCUAAACCUUUGGACGCUCUUAGUGGUGAGCUGGAGCCUGGCCAGAGUCCGAGCAGAAACCGAUCUAGUGUCUGGUCUCCAUCUGCUUCUCCAUCCACCAGUAUUCUGAAGAAGGGGCAGAAGAGAACAUGUGAAGAGGAUACACCCUCCCCUCUUCAUAAGUCACGUCGAGUGUCUUUUGCAACUCCAAUUUAUCAUCAAGAACUGGCUGAUGAUAUUGAUCGACGUAGUCCAGUUAUUCGCACAAGCUCACCUAGGUCCAAAGUCUUGAGUGGACAGUCGAAGUAUAUCACUACCCCCACAAAAGGAUAUACAAGUCUAAGUCCACGUAACCUCCGUAGCCCUGGAUCCAAAAGCUCUAAAAAAUGCCUGAUUUCAGAGAUGAGCCAGGAGCCACGUCCUAUUGCUAAAGAUUGUGUUUAUCCAGCACUUGUUGGCUGCUCUACCCCUGUAGAGGCUGUUUUGCCACAGAUAUCCUCCAACAUGUGGCCUCGUGGCUUUGGUCAGCUUGUUAGAGCAAGAAACAUCAAAACGGUUGGAGACCUGAGUGCCCUUACCCCAAGUGAAAUCAAGUCUCUUCCUAUUCGCUCGCCUAAGCUGUCCAAUGUGAGGAAAGCACUUAAAACCUAUUAUGAACAGCAGAGAAAAGGGAGUUCUGAUGACCUAAAGAGUUUUGACGAAAUGGAGAAAAUGACAUCUGAGCCUGAAGAGAUGGAGCUUCCUCAAAACCAAGAGGAGGAGCAAACACCAGGAGAGGCUCAAGAUGACAGACCAUCAGAAGUGGAAGUAGAUUCCGAACCAAUGGCUGAGGAGAACAAAUCUCGUGAUUUGCUCUCAGAUGUUGAAGCCCUUAGUGGACACCUAACUUCAGAGGAGCUUGGUCGCUGCUCACCCAACCAGCUGGGUCUGAUGCACGAACAUCUGAGCGGAAUGAUGAGAAGCAUUGUGACCCACAUGCAGUCCCGCUUGCUGAGUAAUCUUGAUGAUAGCUUGCCAUGAGGACAUCGAGACAUUUUCCUGACAUAAUUCACUUUUAACUUGAAGAUUAACAGUGGACUGCUCAUUUCUCAAGUUUUAGCUGGAAUUUUAGAGUAGAUGAAUUUCUAAUUAUGCUCUUUCAGAGAACAGACUUCAGUGGCCGAAAGCCAUUGCUACUUAAGUGUCAAUGUAUUUUAUGGCGUGAUUUUUAAGACUGUAAAAUUGUGGUGAGAUGCCAAGGAAACUUUUUUUUUUAUGCUAUAGUAUUAAUAAAAUUUCUUUUUUCAUUAAAUGCUUGGAU